UGUUACUAAAGUAGUUAGCUAAAGGCGGUGCUACCUAGUUUGAGGAAACAUGUAGUUUAUCGCAGACUGUCUACUGACCACCAUUACACCUUCUUACUUAUUUAUGCUUAUUUGAUUAUUAUACCAUACUUGUAAACAAACACAUCCUACAUGUUUCUACGCGGGUCAAAAAAACGACGGUCGAGCCGCUCGCAGGAGGAAGACGAUCCAGACAGGGGGCAGCCCUGCAUGCGCUGUGGAGACCAGUGCCCAGGCUUCCGUGUCCACGGCUGGAGGAAGAUCUGUGUGCACUGCAAGUGUGUGCGAGAGGAUCAUGCUGUGCGCUCAAUGCCAAGCCAGCUGGAGAAGAUGAUGACAAAGUUGGUGUCCGAUUUCCAGAGACACUCCAUCUCCGAUGACGACUCGGGCUGCGCCUCUGAGGAGUACGCCUGGGUACCGUCCGGACUCAAGCCUGAGCAGGUGUACCAGUAUUUUAGCUGCUUGCCAGAGGACAGGGUGCCCUAUGUGAACAGCGCAGGGGAAAGAUACCGAAUCAGACAGUUGCUGCACCAACUUCCUGCCCACGACAGUGAGCCACAGUACUGCAACGCUCUGAAGGAAGAGGAGAAGAAGGAGUUACGUUUGUUCAGCCAGCAGAGGAAACGAGAUAAUGUGGGGCGAGGCGUCGUCAGACUCUUCCCCGUCACUAUGUCUGGAGGUGUCUGCAAGCAGUGUGACCGAAAGAUAACCGGUGGAGACAUCGCAGUGUUUGCCAGUCGGGCGGGAAACGGCAAUUGUUGGCACCCUCAGUGUUUCCAGUGUGCCUGCUGCAGUGAGCUGCUGGUCGAUCUGAUCUACUUCUACCAAGAUGGACAGAUCUACUGUGGCCGUCAUCACGCUGAGAGACUCAAACCCCGAUGUCAAGCUUGUGAUGAGAUCAUUUUUGCAGAUGAAUGCACAGAAGCAGAAGGAAGGUUUUGGCACAUGAAGCACUUCUGCUGUUUUGAGUGUGAGGCACCGCUGGGCGGUCAGCGUUACAUCAUGAGAGAGUGUCGGCCAUUCUGCUGCUCUUGCUAUGAGUCGCUGUAUGCAGAGUAUUGUGACACCUGUGGAGAACACAUCGGCAUCGACCAGAGCCAGAUGACGUACGAGGGUCAGCACUGGCAUGCCGUGGAGUUUUGUUUCUGCUGUUCCCGAUGUCGACUACCUCUGCUCGGACGCCCCUUCCUCCCUCGCAGGGGGCUCAUCUUCUGCUCCAGGUCUUGUUCACUUGGGGAAGACCCCAAAAACUCUGACUCUUGUGACUCGACACUGCAGAGCAGACCACUUCAGCGCAGGCGCUGUGGACCACCGCAAAUGCAGUGUGGUUCCCCAUUGCAGCCAAUAGAGGGCGUCAAACCUCCUAUAAGUCCUGUAAAAGAUUGCAUCUAUACUUUAUUGGAAAACAAAGGUGUCAACUGCUUGACUCCUGUUCAAAAUGGACUUCAUCCUAGAGGCUCCUUUUCACCUCUCCCUCACAUUCAUCGAGGAAAUGGUCUCAAACCCUCUUGGCCCUGCAACAUUCCACAUUACAAUUUAUUGCCAGAGGGCUGUGGAAUCAAAGUGCCUGUGAGCGGCCUUUUAAAUGGAAAUACUGGGCAUCCUGCACCGAGUCUUCGUUCAAGAGGAACCUCGACUGGUGCCGAUUGUAGGAAGUGGGUGGAAAAGACUAAUCAAGUCAUGAAAGAUGCUCUCCAGGCAAACACAACAUCACACACUGACAUGUCACCUGAACCGCCUCCUCUCCCAAUAAAGUCUCGAGACGUGAUACCGCAGGACUCAUCCCCUCUGAACACCCCCCAGUCAGAGCAGAGCCCCUCCCAUUCUCCACCCGCACUGUCUCGUAGUGGGACAACGCGGGUCAGCUUCAGGGAACCAAUCAGCAGCAGCUACUCUCUGGAUGAGGAAGAAGAUGAAGAGGAGAAUGAAGAAGUGCCACCAGAUAAUGAGGAUAGCCCUCAGGACGAAGAUGAAGUCAAAGGAGGGUUUGGAAGCAGUUUGCAUCUACAGAAAGGCAUCCCACCUCAGAUGGAUCUGCUCGAUGGAUCCUCUUACCACCAACGCAGUCUGCGGCGCGGCUGGAGUCGUGGCCGCGUUUCGUCUGACCCCAGCCUCCACCCGACCUCAGACAGAAGCUCCCGGCAUUCACAGGCCGACCGCCCUCCACUGGACACUUUGGAUCAUGGCGAGAGAGGGAACGAUGUCUCCUCUCUGGUCCUGCAGCCGGGCCGGCACAAACAUGAAGACUCUUGUUCCACCUGCUCCUCAUCGUCCGACUCGGAGCAAGAGGGCUAUUUCCUUGGACAGCCCAUUCCUCUGCCUCCACAGCUUCGAAAACAUGAAGCCAAGGAGGAUAAAGACACAAAAGAAGAAGGAGAACCAGCUCAGUGGGGACUGAGGGACAGUAUCAGGCGGAGACGAGCUCACAGUCUUGGUGCUAAGGACAAAGAUAAAAAUUGCACUGUCUCCUGACACAAACCCUGGAAAACCUCACGCUGUAGUUGUCACAAUUAUUUACCGCACAAGACUAAGUGAUGGGUACUGUAUGAAUGAUUAAUGGGUUGUUAUAGGCUAACAUGUUGCUACUUUUACAUUUGUCAUUCACAAUAUGUAUUUUUUACCUGUUGAGAAAGAUAUGAGAUAUUAUUUUUGGACUGAUCUACACUUUGAGCAUAAUGUGACAGAUUUGAAGGUCCUUUGGGUCAUCAUCACAAUUUUUUCCAGCAGACAUCUUCACGUACUGUAUGAACUUUGAGAAGUUUUGUGUUGUUGUUUAUUCAGUCAUUUAUUUUCCAUACAAUAAUCAGUGACCCUGCAGGGAAAUGUUACUUUCACCUUUGAAGUUGUUACAAAUGUACAUUUAAAGUGGAGAAAGUAUCAACCAAUAAAUGAGACCUCAUAAAUGAGACAUUAAAUAUAUUACAUAAUAAUUAGAUUUACUAUCAUUUAUAACAUGCAUCUGGGGAUAGGUUGAUUGGCAACACUAAAAAUUGGCCCUAGUGUGUGAAUGUUGUCUGCAUCUGUGUUGGUCCUGCGAUGAGGUGGCGACUUGUCCAGGGUGUACCCUGCCUUCCGCCCGAUUGUAGCUGAGAUAGGCUCCAGCACCCCCCGCAAUCCCGAAAGGGAUAAGCGGUAGAAAAUGGAUGGUUAGAUGGAUGAACUGUAGUAGU